CGCACGUCGCAGAGAGACGCGGACGUCGCUCUUCCAAGAUGGCGGCGCGUCCGUCGCGAGCAGCCGGGCCGGGGGGAAGCCAGCGAAGCCGAGUAAAGCCGCCGCCCGGGAGAAGACUGAAGGAGCUGUUCCGGCCGUUGGCGGCGGCUUGGGCAGUUUUCGUUGCUGCUACGGCCGUUGCCAUGCGGCGAGGCUAGGGAGGAGCUCACUUCCGUGGGGUGUAAUAAUGUUAACAGAGACCAGUCUCUCCAUAUGGGGAUGGGGAAGCCUUGGCAUUGUCCUUUCUCUAAUAACCUUUGGACCCUUUGUAAUAUUUUAUUUGGCCUUUUAUAUCCUCUGCUUUGUGGGCGGGGGCUUUGUGGUUACUCUCCUCUUUGGAAAAACAAACUCAGAGAAGUACCUAGAACAGUGUGAACACUCAUUUCUUCCUCCAACAUCAACUGGGAUUCCUAAGUGCUUAGAAGAAAUGAAACGAGAAGCCAGGACUAUAAAGAUUGAUAGAAGAUUGACAGGUGCCAAUAUAAUUGAUGAACCUCUCCAGCAAGUUAUCCAGUUUUCCUUGAGGGAUUAUGUCCAGUAUUGGUAUUAUACACUAAGUGAUGAUGAAUCUUUUCUUCUUGAAAUUAGGCAGACUCUUCAAAAUGCACUCAUUCAGUUUGCUACUAGGUCAAAAGAAAUAGACUGGCAACCUUAUUUUACUACACGUAUUGUAGAUGAUUUUGGCACACACCUACGAGUAUUCAGAAAGGCUCAACAGAAGAUAACAGAGAAAGAUGAUCAAGCAAAAGGUACAGCAGAAGAUCUGGUGGAUACUUUCUUUGAAGUUGAAGUUGAAAUGGAGAAGGAUGUUUGCCGUGAUCUAGUGUGCACUUCUCCCAAAGAUGAAGAAGGAUUCCUAAGGGAUUUGUGUGAGGUCUUAUUAUAUUUAUUGCUACCUCCUGGAGAUUUCCAGAACAAGAUCAUGCGAUACUUUGUCAGGGAAAUUCUUGCACGAGGAAUUCUUCUUCCAUUAAUAAAUCAACUCAGUGAUCCUGAUUAUAUUAAUCAAUAUAUCAUAUGGAUGAUCCGUGAUUCUAAUUGCAACUAUGAGGCCUUUAUGAACAUUAUUAAAUUGAGUGACAAUAUUGGAGAGCUAGAAGCAGUCAGAGAUAAGGCAGCAGAAGAAUUACAGUAUCUUCGAUCUCUAGAUACAGUUGGUGAUGAUAUCAACACUAUCAAGAAUCAAAUAAAUAGCUUACUAUUUGUAAAGAAAGUAUGUGACUCAAGAAUACAGCGAUUGCAGUCAGGCAAAGAAAUAAAUACUGUGAAACUGGCAGCAAACUUUGGGAAACUUUGCACAGUCCCUUUGGACAGCAUUCUUGUAGACAAUGUUGCACUACAAUUUUUUAUGGAUUACAUGCAGCAAACUGGAGGUCAAGCACAUCUCUUCUUCUGGAUGACAGUGGAAGGAUACCGAGUUACAGCCCAACAGCAACUUGAAGUUUUAUUAAGUCGUCAGAAAGAUGGAAAACAUCAAACCAACCAAACCAAAGGUCUCUUAAGAGCAGCUGCUGUUGGAAUAUAUGAACAGUAUUUAUCAGAAAAGGCAUCUCCAAGAGUUACUGUUGAUGAUUAUUUGGUAGCAAAAUUAGCAGAUACUUUGAAUCAUGAAGAUCCAACCCCUGAAAUCUUUGAUGACAUUCAAAGGAAGGUUUAUGAAUUGAUGCUACGAGAUGAAAGAUUUUAUCCUUCCUUCAGACAGAAUGCACUUUAUGUGCGCAUGUUAGCUGAGCUGGAUAUGUUAAAAGAUCCUAGUUUCAGAGGAUCAGAUGAUGGUGAUGGAGAGUCUUUUAAUGGAUCUCCUACUGGAAGCAUAAAUUUGUCUUUAGAUGACCUUUCAAAUGUAUCUUCUGAUGACUCAGUACAACUUCAUGCUUACAUUUCAGACACUGUAUAUGCUGACUAUGACCCAUAUGCUGUGGCAGGCGUUUGUAAUGAUCAUGGCAAGACAUAUGCAUUAUAUGCUAUCACUGUACACCGACGCAAUCUUAACAGUGAGGAGAUGUGGAAAACCUAUCGUCGUUAUAGUGACUUUCAUGACUUCCAUAUGAGGAUCACUGAACAGUUUGAAAAUUUAUCAAACAUAUUGAAGCUUCCUGGUAAAAAGACUUUUAAUAAUAUGGAUAGAGAUUUUUUAGAAAAAAGAAAAAAGGAUUUAAAUGCAUAUUUGCAGUUACUUUUAACUCCUGAAAUGAUGAAAGCAUCACCAGCUUUGGCUCACUAUGUGUAUGAUUUCCUUGAGAACAAAGCCUACAGUAAAGGAAAAGGAGAUUUUGCUCGCAAGAUGGACACUUUUGUAAAUCCACUUCGAAAUUCUAUGAGGAAUGUUUCAAAUGCAGUUAAAUCCCUUCCUGAUAGCUUGGCAGAGGGAAUGACUAAAAUGUCAGACAACAUGGGCAAAAUGUCAGAAAGAUUAGGUCAAGACAUAAAGCAAUCAUUUUUCAAGGUGCCUCCUUUAAUUCCGAAGACUGACUCAGAUCCUGAACAUUGUCGGGUCUCAGCUCAGCUUGACGAUACUGUGGAUGACAAUAUUCCACUUAGGGUAAUGCUGCUUCUUAUGGAUGAAGUAUUCGACUUAAAAGAGAGAAAUCAGUGGUUGCGAAGGAAUAUCAAAAACCUACUUCAACAGCUUAUUAGAGCCACAUAUGGUGAUACUAUUAAUAGAAAAAUAGUUGACCAUGUUGAUUGGAUGACCUCACCUGAGCAAGUAGCCGACUUAGUGAAACGUUUCAGAGAUGCCUUUUGGCCAAAUGGCAUUUUAGCAGAGACUGUUCCAUGCAGAGAUAAAGCUAUUCGAAUGAGAACAAGAGUUGCAGGAAAAACUAAAUUACUUUCCAUUAUGCCAGAUGAACUGAAGCACAUUAUCGGGGCUGAGACAACACGGAAAGGUAUUCUUCGUGUUUUUGAAAUGUUUCAGCACAACCAGUUAAAUAGGAGAAUGGUUUAUGUCUUCUUGGAAGGCUUUUUGGAAACCUUAUUUCCACAGUAUAAAUUUCGUGAACUUUUCAACAAACUGCAUUCACGGUCAAAGCAGAUACAGAAAUAUAAACAGAAACUUCAAACUACUCAAGCGCCUUCUUUACAGAAAAGGUGACACUCCAGUCUCUGAAGCUGGUGUUCAUUUUGUCCAGGACUAAUAAUAUGGACAGAUCUUCUGGGGCUUAACUCAUACACUGUCAUGUUGCACCAGUCUUUUACUGUCUCAAAAUAGAUUAUUAAUACAUCCAUUAGACUGUGGUUCUUCUCAUCUUCAUCUAUAAUCCAGCCACUACCAAGAGAGAUUUCUGUGUCUUAAAUGAUUUGGUGCAUAUCUUUGCAACAUUGAGAUGAUACUGCCCCUUCUCAAGCAAGAAUGAUGUUGGUCUCUUCCAUUUCAAACUAAUCAGCAUUCUCCAGCAAUGACAAAGUGCCAGAGUGUAUACGUGAGAGCUGAGGAAAGCACAAAACAGUGGUUCACAGAUAAACUGGCUAAUUUGUUUGGGAGAUUGAGCGAUGUAUGAUUUGGAGGGAUUUUUUUUUUUGCAUAAUAAUUUUAUAGAUUUUUAUCAGAAUUUUGAUAUAAUGUGGAUUAGCCAGGUAAAUGAUCUUUGGAACAUCUGCGUCAGGUCUGGGGAAAGUGACAGGAUGCCCUUAAAGUAUGAAGUAACCUUUCAUCCUAAUUACAGUUUUGUGACAUAAAAUAAAACCAAUCAAAAACAGAAUUUGAUUGGAUUUGUUAUUCAUUCGUAUAAAACAAAUUUUAAUUGAUUCUUAUGCGCUUUGGGCUCUAUUUUGCUCUUAUGGUACUCAAUCAUAAGUUUUCUUUUGGUAUUCUGUGUGCAAAAAGAAGUAUAUAGUGGCGAUCUCACUUAAGUUUCAAAAUUAUUACUGUUUUCUUUAUCUUUAGGAGAUUACUGAUUAUACAGUAGGGAGUAUAAUCUCGAAAGAACUGCCAAAUACAUUCUGUUAUUUUAAAAACAUGGAAAUUUUAAAACAGCACUAUUGAAAGUUGCAAUGUGACCAUUUUAAAUUGUGUGAUCUAGACAUACCUUAGGUGAUUGCAAAAGUAGCAAAUCAAAGGAUUAAAUGAGCUUAUUAGUCAUAUGUAAACAGACAAAUUCCUAACUCUAUUACUGUGUAUAUAUAUGAAAAUAAAUAAUGAAAACAGAACUAUAAUAUUUUUUAAAAUAUGCUUUUAUUUAUAUUUUGCAUAAUGUAAAAUUCUACUAAAUAAAGUUGGCAAAACCCCUGGGUGUAUACAUUUAAGUCCCUGAAAUAAUUUUAUACCAACAAUAACAAAUUACCUUUUCCAGUUCUGGAGCCUCUGCAUUUCUUAUAGUUUUCUCAUUCUCUGUUUGUCCAUCUUGGAAGUCUUCAUAUCCCUUGUAUGCAGGAUUUCUGCAUAGUUUUAAAUACUUACAGUGACUAAGGGUUUGAGUAUGUCAGCAUUUUUUGUUUUAAAAAUAUUUAACACUACAACCUUAAAAUAGUGAAGCUACUUAUCAGACCACUGAGCCAAGACCCUGGUAUUAAAAGAACGUCUGGGUGCUUAAGAUAAAGGGACAGAGGAUAGCUAUCCCAGUUAUUUGGGAGCUUUAAGAUUGGAACAAGAUGUUACUGUCUUGUUUUCACUGAGAUCCUGCUUAGAAAGUGAAGCCUCAUAACAGAAUAAAGCCUUCCUUUAAAGCUUUAUAGUAAUAAUCGUAUUUAUUAAUAAUGCUGUUGUGCAUACUCAGAGUACGCGCCUUUCAGUACAUGUUGCAUGUCUAAAGAAUUACAAAAAUGAACCCCAUGAUUUCAUUGCAACCUGCAAAUGAGAAAAUAUCCUUAUUGACUCUGGUGGAAGAAAUAAUAUUUUUUCUUUCCAGUGUGUCUCCCUGCCAUGGUCCCUCCCCAAGCCCCAGGCUAUAAAGGUGAGGAUUUGUGAAACGUCUGUAGGAAGCAUCAGCAUGGCCAUAAGUGCAAUGAUUUUCAAAUAUACCCUUGCCCAUUUCAAGUAUAUUUUUGACAUAAAUAAGUCUAAGAAUAAACAAGAAUUCAUUUAAGAGCCUAGUGUGUACAUAUGAAAAGCAUUUCCAGAUAAUGUGAGGAAUGCUGGCCAUCAACCAGGGAAAGAAAGGUCCUGCAAAAUAGCAACUUUUAUAACAGAGCCCUGCAAGAUAACUGCAAUCAUACCAAAAACUAUAUGAGUAAAUGGGUUUUUAAAAUAAUUUUUGUUUAAAGAGUUUAUAUUUCAAAAGCAGGAAAUAUCAAAUGGUAGUCUAUGUAAACAGUUGUGCAUCUUCUCUGCACAUCUGUGUUUUACAUCAGAGAGAGCCGUGGUUAUGCUAAAAUUAGAGAUACUUUUUGAAUGACUUGGUUAAGCUGUGUGUAAAAUAUUUAAUUCAUAAGUCAAGUACGGUGUACUAUGUUUAAUAAAGUUAUUACAUUUAAUGCAUUCAUUGCAUAUAUAAAUACAUACCUGAAGAGGCUUUAAGUCUUCUGAUAUUUGAUUUUUUGAAUGUGUUUUUAAGUCAGUGGUGCCUUCAGGCAAGAACCUUCAAAAUUAAUCAUUCUUUGGGUUUUCUGAUUUUUUCAGGUAACAUAUAAACUAUUUAGAAACCAUUACUACUAACAACAGUUCAUUCACCUAAAAAUUGAUUGUAUGAUUUAAAUAUAGUGUUUAGCUGGGCAUUUCCUCUAAUUAGGGUAUUCUGAAUAGUUGCUGAAAAAAUUGUGCCAUUGACCAAUGGAUGCACUUGGUUAGCCUUAAUUUUUUUUAAAGAAAAAAAAAAAACUUUCUUGAGUAUUUCUGUUAGCUCAGUUUAAGUUUGUGCUGCUGGUGUUUGGAAAAAAUCAGUUAAGUGCUACCAGAAAGUGUAUCAAUUUUUUAAAAAAUGAACAAUAUAAAUUUCACAAUCUAAAAUUUUAAUUUUGUGCAAUAUUUUCAUUUAAUGCAUGUAUAUUUGAGUAAUUGUAAAAUAAAUGAAUUUUUAAUGUUUUGAGAUCUAGUUUAAACUGUCUUCUUAACCCAACAACUUACAUUCCGUUGUUGCUGCAUCCUUUUAUUUAAGGACUUGUUUUAAAAGUCUUUUUUUGUCACUCCUUGUAAAAUUCUUUUGUUAAUAGUAAAUUUUGCUUAUAGGAGCAUGUCUCCUGUAUUACAAGGGAAAAAUAUAAAGAGCACAUCUUAGAAUUAUAGUUGUUAAAAGAUAACUUGUGCGUAUCAUUGUACAGUAAAUGUCAACUGUGUGCCUAACUAUUCUAUCAAUACUUUCCUUUAACAAAGAAGAAACAACAAUCAGAAUGUCAGUUAUUUUUAUUGAACUAAAAAGAAGAUUAAAAUUUUUAUUUGGUUUGCGUUAUGUUCUGUUCAUUAGAAAAUACUAAUAAAGUAUUAACAAACCUUUUUGUUGAAUUUA